UCCUGAGAGAGAAGAGGAAGCAGUUUGUCCGCUCAGUGGGCAAAGGGACAAUAAAUGGCUUGCUGGAUGAACUUUUACAGAAGAAAGUGUUCAACCAGUAAGAGAUGGAGAGAAUAAAUUGUGCAAAUGCCACUGUUGCAGAUAAGGCACGAGAUUUAUGUGACUCUGUCAUUCGGAAAGGGCCCCAGGCAUGCCAAAUCUGUAUUGCUUAUAUUUGUGAAGAAGACGGCCACCUGGCAGGAACUCUGGGACUUUCUGCAGAAAGCAACCACUCUCCAAAACCACUUAAGAUGCUGGAACGUGUGGGCAAAGAAUUACUUUCAGAGUACUUGGAAAAAGUGGUGCAAAGUAACGUGUUGAAAUUAGAGGCAGAUGAGAAAGAAAAAUUUAACAACGCUGACCGUAAAGACAAGCGUCGGGUCUUUGUGGACACUAUAAAAAAGAAACAAAGUAAAGUAGGCCAAGUGCUUCUCCAAACUUUCCUAAAUAUGGAUGAAAAUACCAACAAUGGUGACGUUGAUCCAGUAACAGAGAAGAGACCAGAGGCACCAGAAGAAUCUGCGGACUCCCUUAAGCUUUGUCCCCCUGAAGACUUCAUGAGACUGCGUAGAGUAAAGGCUAACGAGAUCUAUCCAAUAAAGGAGCGGGAAGGUCGUACUCGGAUGGCCCUUAUCAUAUGCAAUACAGAGUUCAAGCAUCUUCCUUUUAGGCAAGGGGCUAUUUUUGACACCAAAGGAAUGAAUCGUCUUCUUGAAGACCUGGGCUAUACUGUGGUACUGAAAGAGAAUCUAACAGCUAAGGGUAUGGAGUCUGAGCUGAAGGACUUUGCUGCCCUCCCAGAGCACACAAAUUCAGACAGCACAUUCUUGGUGCUAAUGUCUCAUGGCACGCUGCAUGGAGUCUGUGGCGUUAUGCACAGUAAUGAAAGUGCUGAUGUGCUACAUUAUGACACCGUCUAUCAGAUAUUCAACAACUGCAAUUGUCCGGGACUAAGAGACAAACCCAAGGUCAUCAUCGUGCAGGCCUGCAGAGGUGAAAAUCGUGGAGAAGUAUGGAUCAGAAAGGAUCCAAAAGCCAGGGUCUUCAGCGCUGCAGAACUACCCAAGAAUGUGGAACCAGAUGCUGUUGAGCUGAGCCACGUAGAGAAAGACUUCAUAGCCUUCUACUCCACAACUCCACAUAAUUUGUCCUACAGAGAUGAAGAGGGCUCUUACUUCAUCAUCAAACUCAUCUCCUGCUUCCAGAAAUAUGCCUGGUCCUGUCAUCUACUGGAUAUAUUUCAGAAGGUGCAACUAUCAUUUGAAAAACCAAGCAUUAAUUUCCAGAUGCCCACCAUUGACCGGGCAAGCCUGACAAGACGUUUCUACCUCUUUCCUGGAAACUGAAAAUAGUAAUUGCUAUAGUUCUUGCUAUCAGACAAAGUAAGAAGAAAGGGACAUGGGUGAUCUCCUAUAAUCAAUGAGACCUGAUGACUUGGAUGAUCAAAUUAACUUUGGUUGACAUCGUUUGUUGUAAGAAAGUGUAAGGCAAACACAACCACAAUCACGAACAGCACAAGUUUCAGAGCGGUGAUUAUUGAAAUACAUUAAAAUGUGCUAAAACUUCUGUUGUCAUUUAAGUUAAUUCCUAUGUUAAGGGAUAUCUCUCUUUCCUAAGUAGACUACAGAGAAUCUGGAUGGAGGUCAUGGCCAUAGCAAGACUACAGGGCUCAGAGGAAUUGCAGUGGCUGAGUGAGAGAUGGAGUCUGAGCAGGGUAACCAUGUUGACCUUCUGUUCUGUGUGUCCUCUGCAGAAGCAACAGGCAACCAGGCAUAUUUCCAUAUUUUUUACCUUGAAGAAGGGACUUUGCAAUGGCAAUAGUGCAAGAGCUUAAUCGCAAAACUUGGGAGGCUAAGGAUAAUUUUGAGUUCAAGACCAGAUUGAACGAGUUAUUCAGAAUCUGCCUCAGAAAAAUUAAGUGCAUUUAUCAAUAUAGAACAUGCAUGUAACUUUCUGU